CCGUUAUCUUAUGGCGGUGGAGUUUUCAGGUCCUGCUGUUGACGCUUGCACACCUCUCCCUCCAGCAGACCACCUGCAAGGAAGCAAGGUGGCCAGGGUGCUGGCUGGGUGGGAAGGCCCUGAGACCUCUUUUGGCCUUAGGUCAUGUGGCCUGACUACAGUCUGAGCAUAUGCAAUGUGGCUGUUCUGGCUCCUGACGCCCGUGUAGAGUUGCCCACCAAGGUCACGAGCCUGUGUUCUGCAACAGAAACUGGACAGAGAGAAACCAGUGCCCGUUGCUCACCCACGCUGAGCUGGUGGCCCAGCUUUACACCAGGGCCUGGCUGGGCCUCGGUUCCCAGGAGGCUUUCAGGAGCUUACUCCGUGGGAACAGUCCUGAGAUGAUCUUUAUUGUUACCUGUGAGCAGUGACUGACAGCAGCGGUGUCUGAGGUGGGGCUGUGUUUGUGGACCAGGCGAUUCCAUCGUCAGGCACUUGGACCUCUGGAAAAGGUGUCCGAGCCUUCAGUGUCGGGGCAGGUUUUCACCCCAUCACUGUCCUUGCCCUACGACGGAAUGUGGCGUAAAGGCUGAAUCAGCAUUAGUGUUUCAAUGCAAUUGAAGCCUGGCUAGCUUUGAAAAAAAAAUUUCAAGAUAUGGAUGAGAAAGGUGACCUGAGCAAUGACGAAGUGCCCAAGGCCAUCAAGCCCACCAGCAAAGAAUUCAGGAAAACAUGGGGCUUUCGAAGAACCACCAUUGCCAAGCGAGAGGGCGCUGGGGACGCUGAGGCCGACUGUCUAGAGCGGCAGCCCCAGCAGCAGCAGAGCCUGUCCUUGCGCCGCAGCGGGAGGCAGCCGAAGCGGACCGAGCGGGUGGAAGAAUUUCUGACGACGGUCCGACGACGAGGGAGGAAGAAUGUGCCUGCCUCGCUCGAGGAUUCGGGUGAACCAGCGUCUUGCCCCGUCACAGACGUGGAGACGGCGUCCGAAGGCAGUGUGGAGAGCACCUCCGAGGGGAAGGGCGGGCCCACGGCGGGCUCUGCGGCUGACAAGGGACGGCCUGCCGCCUCCGCAAAGGCCAAAGGGGGUGAGGACGAGGACGACACCUCCGACAGCGACAGCGACGGGCUGACUUUGAAGGAACUGCAGAACCGCCUGCGGAGACAGCGGGAGCAAGAGGCGGCCGGCAGGCCCCCCAAGAGCCUCCAGAGCCGCCUGAGGAGGAAGCGCCGGGAGCAGAAUGCCCCGCAGACCGUGGACGUGGAGGCGGGCGGCGCCACGGAGAGCGUGCUGCCCCACACGCAGGAGCCCGAGGCUGAGCAGGGUGCGGUGUCCCAGGCCGAGAAAGACUGUGGAGAAAGGGAGCUGGAAGGGAAGGCCCAGGGAACCGGAGACUCCGGGGACGUGGGCCGGCAGAAGCCCGAGUGUGAGGCCUACGAGCCCAAUGCUCUGUACUGCAUAUGUCGUCAGCCACACAACAACAGGUUUAUGAUUUGCUGUGACCGAUGUGAAGAAUGGUUUCACGGCGAUUGUGUGGGCAUCUCUGAGGCCCGGGGACGGCUUCUGGAAAGGAACGGUGAAGAUUACAUCUGCCCAAACUGCACCAUUCUGCAGGUGCAGGACGAACCAGACUCAGGAAGCGCGGGGCAGCAGGAGGCCAAGUGCGGGCCGGUGGGCGCGGAUGGCACCGACUGUACGAGCAUGGGGACAGUGGAGCACAAGUGCAGCGAAGACCAGGGCAUUAAGGGCAGGAUCGAGAAAGCCGCGAACCCAAGUGGCAAGAAAAAGCUCAAGAUAUUCCAGCCUGUUGCAGAGGCUCCUGGUGCCUCAAAGUGUAUUGGCCCUGGGUGCUCUAACUUGGCGCAGCCUGACUCGGUUUACUGCAGCAGCGACUGUAUUCUCAAACAUGCUGCUGCUACAAUGAGAUUUCUAAGUUCAGGAAAAGAACAAAAACCAAAACCGAAAGAAAAGACCAAGACGAAGCCAGAAAAGCUCAUUCUCCCGAAAUGUAGCGUUCAGGCAGGCAUUAGAAUCUCUGCUAUGCACAAGAGACCGGCUCCAGACAAGAAAGAGAACACCGUGAAGAAGGCAAUGGUGGCCCCGUCGAGGAGUGAGGUCCUCAUGAAGGAAGCAACCAGUGAAGGCACGCCGUCCUGGGCAAGCGACCACAAUUACAAUGCAGUAAAGCCAGAACAGACUGCUGCCCUCUGGCCGCCACUGUUGUAUAAAUCCACAAAGGAGGACAGGCGGGCGGAGGAGAGGACCACGGCACCCAAGAAAAUGGCUCCUGCAGGCCCCUCGGCAGGCGGCCGACAGCCUUUGCCCAGAAAUCUCCUUCCAAAGAAGUCUCCACCCUUUGCAAACGCAGCAGCAGCCAAAGUGGCCAUCAAAAAGUCACCCUCGGGUUUCAAGGGCCCUGGACCCAAGCGGCCCUGGCUCUCGGCCACCCCCUCAGCCGGCGCUCCUGCCGCCAAGCAAGCAGCGUUGGUGCCUGGGGCUGCCGCAGCUGCUUCCAAAAAGCUACCCAGCUCAGCCGCGUUGGCAGGGGCCGUCCGGAAACCAGCGGCUGCCUCUGUGCCCUUGGCUUCUCCAGCCCCAGGACGCCUGGGGACCUCAAACCCUGCCCUGUCGCAGCCAAAUUCGCAAAUUCGGCAAAAUAUCAGACGCUCCUUGAAGGAGAUUUUGUGGAAAAGAGUCAACGACAGUGAUGACUUAAUCAUGACAGAAAGCGAAGUAGGAAAAAUCGCCCUCCACAUUGAGAAGGAGAUGUUUAACCUGUUCCAAGUCACAGAUAACCGCUACAAGAGCAAAUACCGCAGCAUCAUGUUCAACCUCAAGGACCCCAAAAACCAGGGGCUCUUCCAUCGUGUUCUGCGUGAGGAAAUCUCUUUGGCAAAACUUGUGAGAAUGAAGCCAGAAGAACUGGUGUCUAAAGAGCUGUCCACGUGGAGGGAGCGGCCAACCAAACCCGUGAUGGAGUCCAGAAAUAAGCUGCACAGUGAGAAUAAGAAGACCACCACUAAACAGGAGCCUGUGCCCGACAUGGAGGACUCUCCACCCGUGUCUGACUCCGACGAGCAGCAGGAGUUGGUGCGGGCCAUGCCGGAGAAAAGCACCGCACCCCUCCUGGACGUCUUCAGCAGCAUGCUGAAGGACACCACGGGUCAGCACCGGGCUCAUCUGUUUGAUCUCAACUGUAAAAUCUGCACAGGUCAGGUUCCUUCAUCAGAAGAUGAGCCAGCUCCAAAAAAACAAAAGUUGUCAGCUUCUAAGAAGGAAGAGUCAAAAUCCAAGUACGAGACCUCUCUCUCUGAGCCAGUUCUUAGCUCAGCUGAUGAAGCGAUACCAGAAACUCUGCCCGAAAAUGCCUCUGAGCCAGACCUAGAAAGUGCUUCUCACACACACUUGGAGAGAAAAUAUUUCCCCGUGCCGCCAGAAGACAGCCACCCAGAAUCCUCCGCCCUGGAGGGCCCCUCCUGCCCAGCCACCUGUGGGGGCACGGUGCUCACCACGGUCACGGUGUCUGGCCGGGACCCCAGGACUGCGUCCAGCGGGUCGUGUACAGUCACGGCCCCUGCAGCAGCCCGCCCAGAUGGUGCCCACCCAGCGGAAACCCGACAAGACGUCCUGAAGCCCGCCGUGACCUCGGUGACGGUGCCCAGGUCCAUACUAGCUAAGCCGUCCCCGUCUCCUGAGCCCAGAUACCUCCUGCCAGCGCCGCCAGCGCCGCGUGUCAGCCUCUCCGAGUCAAGGUCCCCUCCGGAAGGAGAGACAACCCUCUUUUUGUCCCGACUCAGCACCGUUUGGAAAGGAUUUAUUAACAUGCAGAGCGUAGCGAAAUUUGUCACUAAGGCGUAUCCCGUGUCGGGGUGCUGUGACUGCCUCAGUGAGGACCUGCCGGACACGAUUCACAUUGGUGGAAGGAUCACACCCAGAACAGUUUGGGAUUAUGUCGGCAAACUCAAAUCUUCUGUGUCCAAGGAGCUGUGUCUGAUCCGAUUCCACCCCGCGACCGAGGAGGAGGAGGUGGCCUAUAUCUCUCUCUACUCCUAUUUUAGCAGCCGUGGCCGCUUUGGCGUUGUAGCUAAUAACAGCAGGCACGUCAAGGACCUCUACCUGAUCCCACUGAGUGCUAAGGACCCCAUUCCAUCCAAACUCUUGCCCUUUGAGGGACCAGGUCUCGAGUCACCACGUCCCAACCUAAUCCUUGGGUUAGUAAUCUGUCAGAGAAUAAAACGUCCUUCAAAUGCUGGAGAAUUAGAGAAGGUAGAGGAGAAGCGGAUCCGCCCUCAGACCCAGGAAGAAACGGAAGUUCCAGUCUAUCCCAAGGUGCCUGCGGCCCCGCAGUCUGAGAGGAAGCCCCCCAAGUCCCAGGUGGGCUCCGGGGACGUGGCGGUCAGCACCACACCCCCAGGGACUCCUCCACCACCGCCCCCGCUGCCGGAGCCCCCCGCUGCGCCGGCCUCGUCCUCUGUGUUGAAGAUCCUGUCCUCGCUCAAACCGGGAGCCACGAGCAGCGUCCCCUCAGCCCCUGCACUGGCUGUUCCGGCGGCCGCCGCCGCCGCCAAUUCCUCUGCCCCGAAAACAGCCUCGCCCCUGGAGCACAUCCUGCAGACCCUGUUCGGGAAGAAGAAAUCAUUUGAUCCCCCUGCCAGAGAGGCCGUGGAGUCCGCCCCGGCCUCCCACCCAGACUCCAAAGCCAAGGCCGACGGGGGGCUGCCCGCGGCGCCUUUACUAGAUCCAAUUGUCCAGCAGUUCGGUCAGUUCUCAAAAGACAGAGCUCUGGAGGAGGAGGAAGACGACAGACCGUAUGACCCCGAAGAGGAGUACGGUCCUGAGCGAGCCUUUGACACUCAGCUCGAGCGCGGGAGGCGCCCUGACGUGGACAAGGCCCCCGAGACCGCCGAGCGGGAGGAGGUGGCCUAUGACCCAGAAGAUGAGACCAUUUUAGAAGAAGCCAAAGUGGCCAUUGACGACCUGCCCAACAGGAUGUGUGCGGACGGGAAGGGAGGCGCCACGGAGAGGCCUGGUGAGCCCGCGGCCCCCGGAGCGGCCCCCUCCCUGGUGGAGCAGCAGAAGAUGAUAGAAGAGCUCAACAAGCAGAUCGAGGAGCAGAAGAGGCAGGUGGAGGAGCAGGAAGCCGCGCUACGGCAGCAGAGGGCCGCCGUGGGGGCCUCCAUGGCGCACUUCUCCGUGGCUGAGGCACUCAUGUCUCCACCCCCAAAGUCCUCCCUGCCCCAGGCUGAGCUGUUUCCGCAAGAGCAGCAGGCCGCCGGCCGCCCCGCUGCGCUCCCUGGUGCCCCUCCAGCCGCCGGCCCCGGCUGCGACCCGCGGCAGAGUCGGGACCCCCGGCAGGCCCGGCGGCUGGCCGCGGAGCACUGCGAGAGCGAAGCCGGCUCGAGGCCCCCCACAACCCGGGAAGAGGGUGCAGAGACUGCCCUGCCAGCCAAGCCGGACGGCCCCAAGCACGAGCGCUCCUUGAGCCCGGCACCGCCACCGGCAGAUGGCGGCCCACCCUCGACGGGCUUGGGUAGCAUGCCCAGACCUGCCCGCAAGGUACUGUUGCCCACGCCCCCCAGCACCGCGUUUCAGCCUGGCUUCCCUUUGCAGAACGACGGGCAGAGUUUCCCCUCUCCUGGAGGGAGGGACCCUUUCUCAGGCCCAGCGUGUACCUCUCAGGAAAAAUCGCUUGGCUCGACCCAGUACGAGGAUCCAAGAAAUGUUCAGUUUGCUGAAAAAGGUGACCACUCGGCUGUUGAAGCCGAAGGAGACAGAGAGCCACAGUGCAGACCCGGUGAGGGGGCUGCCACAUUCCCCACAGCUGGACAGAGAGGAGGGGCCCCUCCGCCCCCAUCUCAGGGCCAGCGUGAGCCAGCACCACGCGCUUUCGGGACGUCAGGGCUUCAUGGCCCCAAUUUCCCAGGACCAAGGGGGCCAGUCCCUUCGUUUUCAGAAGAGAAUAUCAUUUCUAAUAGCGAUGGGCCAAGGGGGCCUCCGCCGGCCAGAUUUGGGGCCCAGAAGGGGCCCAUCCCUUCCUUGUUCUCAGGGCCACAUGGGCCCUCUCCCUACGGGGAUGGCAGGGGUCCCUCCCCCUCCCACCUUGGGGGGCCCAGAGGAGCAGCACCACCCCAAUUUGAAGAGCGGAAGGACCCCCAUGGGGAGAAAAGGGAAUUCCAGGACAGCCCGUACGAUGAGAUGGCCGGCCCUGCCCCGCAGUUUGAGGGACCAGAACAAGCCCAGUUCAUGGGGAGUAGGAGCACGGCGCCUUUCCAGUUUGGAGGCCAGAGAAGGCCUCUGCUGUCACAGUUUAAAGGGCCCCGAGGGGGUCCCCCUCCCUCCCAGUUUGGCGGUCAGAGAGGGCCCCCCCCCGGCCACUUUGUGGGCCCAAGGGGGCCACAUCCUGGUCAGUUUGAAGGACCCAGAGGCCAAGCACCAAAUUUCAUGCCAGGACCCAGGGGGAUUCAGCCUCAGCAGUUCGAGGAGCAGAGGGUAAGCUCACCGCCGAGAUUUGCCAACCCCCGGGCGCCAGCGCCCCUUCCGUUUGGCGGACCCAGAGGGUCUGUGCCCUUUCCCGAGAAGAGUGAGCCCACGCCUCCCCGCUUCCACUUCCAGGGCCCGCCAGCGCCGGGGCUGAAGCCAGGCCCCAGGCCACUGCUGGAGCUGCCCAGCCACCCACCACCGCACCGGGCGGAGCGCUGGGAAGAGGCGCCCACACAGGGCCCCGAGACUGAUUUCCGUGAGGGCAAGGGCCAUGAGUACAGAAGCCAGGCCUUCGAAGGGCGGCCGAGGGAGCGGUUUGAAGCCGGGCCCAAAGAAAAGCCUCUGGAUGAACCCGAAGCCACGCUGCCAGAGAACCGGCCGGGCAGGGCCCUGGAGGAGCGCCGGCGGGAGCGAGGGCGGCGUUGGAGCCGGGAGCGGGACUGGGAAAGGGGCCACGAGCGGGGCCGUCACCGCGACAAGGACCCCGGGCGCGAGUGGGACCGGAGUCGGGAGCGCGGUGCCGACAGGGACCGGGGGCGGGAGCCAGAGCGGGCGGCCGAGUGGGGCCGGAGCCGGGAGCGCAGCCGGAACCGGGACCGGGAGCGCAGGCGGGAGCGGGAGCGGUCUCGCAGCAGGGAGCGCGGCCGUGACCGGACCCGUGACCACGGCCGGGAGCGCAAGGACCGCAGCAAAAGCAAGGAGGGCGCCCGCGACCCCAAAGCUGAGGCCCCUCGGGCUGCCGCCCCCGCCGCGCAGACCUAGCGGCCGCUCGCCGGCCGCGCGAGACCCUGCAGCUGCUCUGGCCCCGGCCGCCCGCAGCCGGCCUCCCGGAGAGCUGGCCCCAGCUGUGGUGAGCAUGUGGUUUUGCAAAGAGCUACGAACUUAGAUGCAGAAUAGAAUAUUCUGGACUUGAAAAAUUACUGUAAUUUUGUGUAUAGUGGUUUCUUACAAAAUUUCACAUCUUUACAAUUCUGAUGCUUUUUAAAAAAAAAAAAACUAAGAACUCAGUAUUUCCAUUUAAAAUUACUGAAAUGGGAAAGUGUCUACAGAAGCAUAUUGCUUUUUCAGAUUAUAAAGUUAUCUUUUCCAGUAACUUGACCAGAGUAAAUUUUAAGGGAAUUUCCGUGGACCUUAGAGCCGUACCUUUACUGACAUCUCUGUAUCUCUGUUUCUGGAAAGCUGCUGCGAGGGGCGCCAGCCGGGGGGAAGGCCUUCUGCCCCUCCCGGGGAUGGGGAGAGAGACAGAGCUUUUACAAACGUGUUUUUCUUUUGUCACAAGGAAAUGUGAAUUACUAAUUUCAACCGGGAAACAAAACAUUUCUUAGUUUUUCUCAGUUUUUGUAUAUCACCUUAUACGUUUUUUUCCCUCAAGAACAGGAUUAAAAGCAACAUCUGUCCGAGUAGAAACUGUUGCAUUUUUUAAAUAGCAAUUUAUUGAAAAAGGUGUAACCUUUACCAGCUUAAAGAAAGUGAGAAAAGAAGCCAAUUAAGUGUACUUUAAAACGGGGGUGGGGGGUGGGGGGUGACUUUGAUUUGAAUAAUCAGGAGCAUUUUUGUUUGUGAAACCCGACCAUCCCCACAGUCCUGCCUGUGGCCCAGGGAAAGUGCACCCGCCCCAGACUGCAACCCUGGCCGGUGAUGCGUUUUAAGGUCUGUCACUGAAAAUGGAACAGUGUUUGUGUGAAGUCUGAGACAGAAAACAGUGACAGUCGCUCGAGAACAACACACCGGGACACUGUUGACCCAAACAGCGUCCUGCUCCUGGUCGCAUAAUUUCAAGUACUUCCAAAGCAGGAAAUAGAGAAAACCUUGCUAAUUUAUUUGACUGUACAAAUACACUUUCAUAAUUUUUUUAUAUUUUCAUAAACUUACUUUUGCAAGUGUAAAAUUAGAGAAUUUCAUUCAUUGUUUGGAGUCUAUUCCAUUGUACAUCACUACAGAUUUUUCACUUUCUAGCACAAAUGUUCAAAUGAUAACAACGAACACGGAGAACUUGGUGAUUCGGUGUGACUGGUUCCAGACCAAGCGUCAGUAGGUUAAAUUACAUUGAAGUGGCGUCAAGUUCCAACAUCUAAUAUGAUGUGAAGGGUUUUUUACAUGUAAAACAAAUUUUUCUAAUUUAAAUACACAAAUGUAAAAAUCAAGUGUGUUUCUUUAGGGUUACUUGAUAGAAAUUUCUGUAAAUUGUAUUUUAUAUUGCAAAGUAUGAUAUCACUGUACAUUAAAACAUGCAACUCCAUAGGUUUUGUUACUUGAAGUAGAAUAAAUGUCUACAGAAGG